UACCCGGCGCGCGGUAGUAAACUAGCGGGCAAAAAAUGACUGGUGGACGGCGGAGGCUUAGCUCGGAACGGUGGGGGACCGUGUCGCUGACGAUGCUACUAGCUGUCGGUGUUUGCCCGCUCCUCUGCAAAGCAACUGAUGAUUUUUCCACGUGGUGCGGCAGCGAUACGAGAACAGGGGGAACAAAAUUCAACAUUUCUGUCGAUGUCCAAUGCAACAACUCAUUCAUUAAUCUCACAAUGAAUUUCCUGGGCGAAGAAUUGUCUUUAACUCGUCAGGAAUACUAUUGGCUGGAGUAUGAGUGCUUCUUACCCAACAAUAAUGCUACUGUCGUGGAGGCAAAGAUACCCAAUCCAGAAGGUUACGUUGUGGUGCUGUCCAACUACGCACAGCCUGUCGAAGAUGCUCCCCUGCCGGAUGGAACAGUGUGCACCGUCAGAGGGUGCUUCUACGAAGAGGGGUAUAGUGUUUACCGUUUCAUCGUCCCAAGAAACUGCACUGUU